AUGGCGACCAACACCACCACCACCAACCCGACCUACGUCACCAGUAAGGUCGCCAGAAGCGACUUUCCUCUCAUCGACAAUGACCCACACUUCAAGAGGGUGAUGCGAUAUGCCCGACCAUCAGACUACGCGCAUGGUGUGGCGGCUGCCGCUGGAGGACCAACAUUGCUCUUCUUGAUGGAGAGGCUCGCGCCCUCACACGCCGGUCGGGGAGGCUUUGCACAGGCCAUGCGACUCACCGGUGUCAUCGGGGCCAUUGGUGGCUUCCUAUACUUCUACGAGCGCUCAGCCUUAAGAUUCUACGGCAUGCGCGAGAACGCCCGCGAGGUCGAGAUGGACAUGCAGGAGAUGGUGACCAAGGUCAAGGCCGGCGAGCCGCUGUACGGAGAGAGCAAGUUGACGCCGCACAUGCAGGGUGUCGCCGCGCGGCAGUCGCGAUACUCGGCUCUGUUCACGGCCGUCCUACCGUGGUUCAACUUCGUCAACCACAACCAGCACGGUGUCGACACCGCCAAAUACUACAGACGGGCGGAGCAAGAGUUGGAGGUCGAGAGACGGGGCACCGCGUAG